CUCACAGACAUCACAUAGUAAUAGAAAAGAAAGCUCUUGAGAUCGCCUUUGUGUUAUUUAUGAUCAUAUAUAUAAAGGGUGCAAUGAUGGCAUUCCAAACCAAGUUGCAUAUAUUAUUAUUGUGCUUUAUAAUCUUUUCAUUUUCAUGCAUUGUUGCUGUGCCAAAGGAACAAGAGUUAGAUCGAAUCUCUUCUCUGCCGGGGCAGCCAUCAUCAGUGACAUUUUCUCAAUUCUCUGGUUAUGUCACUGUCAACGAGCAACAUGGCAGAGCACUCUUCUACUGGUUCACUGAAGCCACCACUUCCCCAGAUAAUAAACCUCUUGUUCUCUGGCUCAAUGGAGGACCAGGUUGCUCAUCAGUGGCAUACGGGGCAUCAGAGGAAAUUGGGCCAUUCCGAGUAAACAAAACUGGCUCUUCUCUAUACCUUAAUAAAUAUGCAUGGAAUACAGAAGCAAAUAUACUUUUUCUUGAAUCACCCGCUGGUGUUGGUUUCUCAUACACAAAUACCAGUUCUGACCUCAAAAAUUCUGGGGACAAAAGGACAGCAGCUCAGGAUGCUCUAGUUUUUCUAAUUAGAUGGAUGGCGAGAUUUCCACAAUAUAAAUAUAGAGAGUUUUACAUUGCUGGGGAGAGCUAUGCAGGGCAUUAUGUCCCCCAGUUGGCUAAGAAAAUCCAUGAUUAUAAUAAAGAAAAUCCUCAUAUCCUUAAUCUUAAAGGGUUCAUUGUGGGAAAUGCUGUGACUGAUAACUACUAUGAUGGGGUUGGAACUGUCACGUAUUGGUGGAGCCACUCUAUGAUAUCUGAUCAAUCAUACAAAUCUAUCCUCAAAUACUGUAAUUUCACUGAAGAAAAAACAUCUAAAAAAUGUGAUGAUGCUGUGAGUUAUGCAGUUAACCAUGAAUUUGGAAACAUUGAUCAGUACAAUAUCUAUACCCCUAAGUGCAUAACAUCACACAACAAUACCAUAAGGUACAUGAGGCACAAGAGUACAAUUUUACAUAGAAUUUCUGGGUAUGAUCCGUGUACUGAAGACUAUGCAGAGAAAUAUUAUAAUCGUCGUGAUGUUCAGAAAGCAAUGCAUGCAAAUGUUACAAACAUUCCUUACAAAUGGACUGCUUGCAGUGACGUGCUCAAUAAUCAUUGGAAGGAUUCUGAAGUUUCUAUAUUGCCUAUAUACAAAGAAUUAAUUGCAGCGGGUUUGAGAAUAUGGGUUUUCAGCGGAGACACAGAUUCAGUGGUUCCAGUAACUGCCACUAGGUUUUCUCUCAACCAUCUCAACCUCCCCAUUAAAACUCGUUGGUAUCCAUGGUACUCAGGUCAACAGGUAGGUGGAUGGACAGAGGUGUAUAAGGGACUAACUUUUGCAACGGUGAGAGGAGCUGGGCAUGAAGUACCACUGUUUCAGCCACAGCGAGCUUACAUACUUUUCAGGGCAUUUUUGGCAGGGAAAGAGCUACCAAAAUCUUGACAUGUCACUAUUUAAAUUUGAUAAACAAUCAUUUCACCUAAAAGCUCAAGCUGUUAGGUGAAGGUCUGUUAACAUUUUCAUCGGUUUAUCUUUUGUGCAAUUCAAUUUAAUUGGUGUCCAUAAUCCCCCGGAAUUGGUGGGUGGAGGCAGCAGCCUGGAUAGAAA